CACACUAUUAGAUAGCAAACUGCAAGCUGGCGUUAGAAAAACAUCAGUUCCAAAUAUUUUAAAGUUGGCAGCGACUUUGAGGUUCUGUGCUCAGGGGUCGUAUCAGCUAAGUGUCGGGAACGAAAGUUGUAUUGGGCUUGGCCAAUCUACGGUGUCCAUAAUUUUGGCGGAAGUAUUCAAUGCUUUGGAGGAAUGCGUCUGCAGAGAUUGGAUAAAAAUGCAAAACAGUGAAGAGGAAAAACGAGAAACAAAGUGUUAUUUCUUUGGGAGGAGCGGAAUACCCGGAGUAAUAGGCUGCAUAGACGGUACGCACAUCAAAAUUGUUUCCCCAAAAAAGGAGCAUCAGCAUUUGUAUUACAAUCGGAAGGGAUUUUUCAGCUUGAAUGCAAUGAUAGUUUGCGACAACGCCAUGCGAAUCCGCUAUAUCAACGCGAAGUACCCUGGAGCUACGCAUGAUGCUAAUGUUUUUAAUAUGUCUGCGUUGAAGCAACAAUUAGAAGAAGAGUAUCGUAGUGGCGAGCGAAAUGUGUUAUUAGUCCCUCUACAAAUCGACAAAUCUUCAGUACCGAAUUCCAGUAAUAAUUCUACUCUGAUUCUUAACGAGUACAAUCAAACUCAAAGGGAUGGCAAAGAACCAUCAACCCAAUGUUCUGAACGAACACCACCAAUUACCAAACCUACUUCAGCUCCAGUCCCUAAUCACAAUCAAGACGGAGACAGCAAAGUUAAACCACCACGACUCCGCGAUGUUUUCUUUAUCUCAGUGCUUGGCAUAUAA